GAAACAUGAUGCCAAAAAUAUAUGUAUAUAUUUUGCCACUUGUCUACUUAGAAGAUUGCGCUGUAAUCAGAGCUUAACUGAUUAAUAGUUCCAUUGUCGAUUCCGCCGGGUAUGAAAGAUCCUCUGGGGCGGUACAGUUGUUAUUAUCGAUAGAUAGUAACACAUUGUUCAUGUGAGGAUGGGUCAGCACGUAUCGAGGACUGAUUUCGAAUGGGUGUACACGGAAGAGCCGCAUGCAACGCGGCGAAAAAUGAUUCUAGAAAAAUAUCCACAAAUAAAGAAACUAUUUGGAUACGAUCCAAUGUUCAAAUGGGUAGUCACAGGAAUGGUUUUAACUCAACUGAUAUCUAUGUAUUUUGUAAAAGAUUUAAAUUAUCCAAUGCUCUUCCUACUAGCAUAUUGUUUUGGUGGGGUGAUUAAUCAUUCUCUUAUGUUAGCAAUACACGAAAUAGCACAUAAUCUUGCCUUUGGGCAUGCCAGACCUAUGGCUAAUAGAUUAUUUGGAUAUUUUGCUAAUUUGCCUUUAGGUAUACCAGUAUCUAUUAGUUUUAAAAAAUAUCACCUAAUACAUCAUCGUUACCAAGGAGAUGAAAUACUUGAUACUGAUUUACCAACAUUAUUAGAGGCCAAAUUAUUUUGCACAACAUUUGGAAAAUUUUGUUGGUUGUUUUUACAGCCGUUUUUCUAUGCAUUUAGACCACUUUUUGUUUACCCACAACCACCUAUAUUUAUGGAAUACAUUAAUUUAGUGAUACAACUCAUAUUUGAUGGAUUAGUAUGGUAUUUCUUAGGUGGAAAAGUCCUAGUUUAUUUACUUUGUGGAUCAGUAAUGGCAAUGGGUGUACAUCCUGUAGCUGGUCAUUUUGUAUCAGAACAUUAUAUGUACAAAAAAGGUUUUGAGACCUAUAGUUAUUAUGGUCCAUUAAAUUGGAUUACAUUUAAUGUUGGGUAUCAUAACGAACAUCAUGAUUUUCCUGCUGUUCCUGGUUCGAGAUUACCAGAGGUAAAAAGAAUAGCUCCUGAAUUUUACAAUAAUCUACCCCAGCACAAUUCUUGGACUUCUGUAUUGUAUGAUUUUGUUAUGGACCCAGAGAUAGGACCAUAUGCAAGAACAAAAAGAAAACAUAGAGGUCUUCCUUCAUAA